AUGGAACCCUACCUCCCACCAAGGUACUACGAGCCGCAGAGCGAUCUCCUUACCUUCGCCCUCGUCGUGAGCUUCGCCAUGUUCGUUGUGUUCGCCGGUUACAAAGUGGCAGCGUAUGGCAUGACCACCAAGUCGAGCCCAGAGAUCGGCAUGACCAAGAAAGAGCUCCAGGAGCUCGUGAGAAAGGGUGUACGACGCGAAGUGGAGAUCAUUGAGAGGUGCAUGGCGGCGCGCGAGAGCCAACUUCACGAAGCCAUCGACAUGGCGCACCAGCAUGAAGCUCGCAUAGCGGCACUAGAAGAGAAAUACGACAAGGCUAUGGAGGACAUGGGCGCCCUGCGUGCCUCAAUCAGCAGCCUUACCCCUGAGAACCUUCCGGCUACACCAUUGAUACAGUCUUCGCCGUCUGAGUGCAGCUCAUGGGCAUCCAGCUACCAUCCAUACAACUCAGGUGGUGUCAGCAUCAACGGCAUGGAAGAACACGUGUCUGAGCCGCGAGUUUUAUCAUCACCAGAUCAAGUGCCUGAGGUAUCCAGCCCUCAACUUGAUCUGGCGCUGGAAGGUGAGCUCGCUGAGUUGGGCGGCUGGGACCUGAACGUGGAGGCAUCUGAUGACAGCAGCGAUGGUAGUAACACUGACCAAGAUGAUGAAGGCGAGACAAGCGAUGAGUAUGACGACCCAGAAACAUCUGUUCCUUGCGUGAUUGCGCCGAAAGUUGUCAGAAAGCCAAUCAGACCACUGUCAAAGUGCAAGACGAAAGGUGCUAGCAUCCUUAAGGAUAGGCAGGAAGGUUCCUAG